GCCCACGGGAGGAGACUAUGUUGAGGCACAACACUCGGGCGCAUCUGUGUGGUAUGCAACGAUGCGCGAAAACAGGACGAUACAGUUGGUCGGAGCGUCCCCUCUCCGGGUCACAGUUAGCUGCUGCUGCCGCUGCGGCCAAAUAAUUUGACACAAAACUAGAUCUUGCCGUCUUUGGAUUAGGACCUCGUUCAUUGGAAAUCGGUCAGUGUGGGAUUAUGUGACCGAUUUCCUUCCCCCACUACUGCAGGAUCGCUGUGAUUGUUCCGCCCAGGCACCUUCACGCCCCAACUGCCUUACGAGGUCGCCAGCGACUCACGAUUUCGCCUUUAGUAAGGCUUUACUUUAGUUGGGUGAGCCUCGAUGAGAUCUCCUGUGCUAAACACGGGAGUCUCAUUCCAUUCGGAUGCCAGCGAGUGGCGUUUGGUAGAUCAGGCGUGACAGCUGCUCGCAAGACUCUUGCUCAAUCGGCGUCUACCUGAUCUAGCAGGUUAGGUCCUGAAGCAGAUCGUUCACUAUGUUCAUUACGAUAUCGUGCAGCGCUGUCCACAGCUAGAAUCACAGGAUAGUCAUAGUUGUAGCUACCAACUACAAAAGUAGUACUUCAUUCAUCCGCCGCUGUUGAACACCCCCGUUCGGUAACUCAACAACCAGCAAGCAGCCUGGUUCUGCCCUGGCUUCCAGCUCUGCAUUUCAACGGCACGGCGAAAAUUCAAACUUUGCUCCCCGUACACCGUACAAAGACCAAAGAACGCUUCAGUGCAGUGCACGACCUUUGUAAUUCAACAUCUGUGGGAUUUUUGUGGAGUGUUUGGUGACAAAGAGCCUUCGCUGAGGGCAAAUCAUCUCCAUUGCUGCUACACCACAGGUAUCACUGCGGUCAAGACCAUGUCGGAAGAGGGCACGGGAAAGAAUGGCAGUGAUAACCCUGCAGUUUCACAGCCAGCUCCUCAGGAAGAGAAUGCAAUGGCAGCAGACGCAGGUGAUAAGCCAGUCGUAGCCGACGAGAAGACCACUGACGUUGCUGCGGAGAGUGGAGCUGCGGAGAACAGUGCUACAGUGAAUGGCGUCGCAGAGAACGGUGCUUCAGCAACAGCAGAAGCUGAAAAAGCCACACCAGAAGAAAAUGGAACUGAAGAGACGGCUGCCAAGAAAGAGGAGGGAGUGGAAAGAAAGCCUUCUGAUUAUGUGCGCCAAUUUGCUGCACCCUCGGGAAACAUUACACUUGUGGAGGAGCCACUGAGCCUUCAAACCGAGGAUGACCCUCUGUAUGCAGAAGCUGCAGAGCUGAGGAAUUCAGCAAUUGUCAAGAGGCACAGAAGUGGAUUUCUGAAGUUGUCCAGUCGCUCUGCCUGCUUCACUGCCAAGGAGCUGGUGAGCUGGUUAGUGAGCUCAAGCAUUGCACAGAGCUAUGGAGAUGCUGUGGAGAAGUGCCAGAGCUGGGUAGACAAUUGCCUAAUUUGCCGUGUGGAUCAUGGCCCAGUGGUGUUCAAUCCCUUGAGUAGUGUACUAUGGAGGUUCAUAGCAGAUGUUGGACAUUCAUCAUGCUUCAUCCCUCAACCAGAGGUAACAUCGAAAAUAGUCUCAGCAGUCGACCUAGCCCAAGUUCAGGCCAAGAUUAUUGGGAAGCUAUUCAGCAAGUAUUUAAGUGCAGAUGGCUACCAGAUAUCCGUCAACUAUCGAGGCAUCGCGGACAGCGACGAGUUUGAUCUUUUCCGUCAGUCGGCAGCAGUCAUGAAGCGUGUAGAUAUGGUGUCCGAAUCUGCGCUUACUCGCUCGCAGCGCUUGGCGUUCUUCAUCAAUAUGUACAACAUGGUGUGCAUCGCUGCGAUGGUUCUUUCCGGACCUGCCUCUGGCAACAUUGGGCGGCUGAGUUUCUUCAGGAAGUCCACUUGCGCCGUAGGUGGUCACAUUCUCAGCAUGGAUGACAUCGAGAACGGUGUGUUGCGCGCCAACCGCAAAGGCGUUGUGGCGCUGAAGAAGCAGUUCUCCGACAGUGACGCUCGCUUGCCGCUGUCACUUGCCACACACGAGCCACGCAUUCACUUUGCGCUGGUGUGCGGUGCGCGCAGCUGCCCACCACUGCGUGCGUUCACCAUUGACGAUAUCGAGGCCGAGCUGGACGCAGCGGCGCGCGACUUCCUGGCGUCGGAGAACGUUGUGUACAGCGAAGAGCGCAACGAGCUGCGACUCAGCAAGAUCAUGUCUUGGUUUGGAGGAGACUUUGGCAACACCGUGCAAGAGCGCCUUCAGUAUUACGCUGACCACAUGGCGCCGGGCGAAAAGCAAGACCAACUGAAGAAAGCCUUAGAGAAUGGUGGCACACCGAAAAUCUCGUUCAUGAAGUAUGACUGGUCACUGAAUGACAACGGAGAUGGUGCUGGUCCCAUCAAGAAGAAGUCAUCGAAAACCAGUGUUUCAAAGAACGGAGAUGCGGCACAGGACACGGUCGCCACAGCCGAUGCAGUGUCCUCUGAACCCAAGGCGGAAGAGAAAGCGACCGGCGAGGCAGCAGCAACUCCUGCCGCUACCGCAGACACAAACGAAGGACCAGAAAACGCGGCGGAAGGCCAGGCUGAGAAAGAGGUGCAGCCUGCUGAUGCGGCUGCUCAGGCAGCAGAUGGUGAUGUAUCCAAGGAAGUACCUGCAGCAGAUGUAGCAGAUGGACCCGAUACUAGUGUCAAUGCUGAGGCGAACAACACAAGUACUGCUGCUGCAGAUGAGAAGGAAGAUCCAGCCACAGAAUCUAGCCAGCUGGAUGCCGAUGCACCAAAAGAGCCCGAGGAAUCAACUGCGCCUGGGUCUUCCACUAGUGAUGCUCCUGCUGAUCCCCCAGCUGCAGAGGCAGCAUCAACAGAGGCGCCAUCGGCAGAGAAUUCGCCAGAUGUAGCUGAGAGUGCAGAGGACACAAAGGAAGCUGAAGCAGAGCCUGUACAGGAUGAAAGCAAGCCAGCGGUGGACAGUACUGCUGCUGCGGAGGAGCUGCAAGAAGUCAAUGCAGCACCUUCGCCUGGUGCGUCAGAAGCUGCUGUAUCGGAAACCGCUGAUCCUCCAGCAUCUGCAACACCCGAUGCCGCUACCUCUGAGACCGCUGAUCCUGCAACAUCUACAACCCCUGAUGUCGCUACCUCUGAGACUGCUGAUCCUCCAGCAUCCGCCUCACCAGAUUCUUCAGCACCGGAGAAUGCUGAUCCGUCAGUCUCUGCUGUGCCUGACGCAGAGGGCUCACCUGAUGUGAACACAGCAGAGCCGGAGAGCAAUGCUGCCGCAGAGCCAGAAACCAAUGCUGCCGCAGCAGAACCAGAAACCGAUGCUGCCGCAGCAGAGCCAGAAACCGAUGCUGCCGCAGCAGAACCAGAAACCGAUGCUGCCGAAGCAGAGCCAGAAAGCACUGCUUGUGAAGAUGCUGGAGCUGAGCCAGUGGCGGCGGCUGAUGGUGAGGCAGACUCGGCCAAAACACCCGAUGAGCCAACAGAUACACCUGCCGAAUCUUGAAAUCGGUGUGAGUCACUCUAGUCCAUUGUAGCGAGAGCCUCCACUCAAUGAAAACAGCAGAACACGGAUACUCCUCUGUGUAGAUUUGCGGAUAGGUCAAGACGGAGAUAGACGCUCACAACACUACUGCCAUUGCAGUGUUAUUAUGUAACAUGCCUCAUGUACUUAUGGCAGUGUACUAUCUGUACUCAUGCUAGCUCUAGUGGCAUUACGAAUACAGAUAGGCGGACACCUCCCUUGCUAUCCCUCGCCGAGUACUUUCUCCCAUGCACUACACGUGGACAUAUGACUGACAGCACCAACCUGUUUUGUCACCGCCGAUCUCGCGCACUUGCCUUGAUCCCGACGUAUUCAGAUUUUUACUCCGGCUUUCAUCUUCAUGCUGGCGCACUGCGGGCCACUUGUACUCUAGAGGCCCCCGUACCUUCCCCUAUUGUCACGGCCCGUUAUUUUGUCACUGCUUCCGUAGGUCAUUUCCCUGGAUGACUUACUCAGUGUACCUACCAGUAUCAGCAUGCUGUCGUGAAAUGCUGCAGGUUUCGUUUCCCUUUCUUUUUUUAUGUUCUCUUGUACAUUGUAAGUACAUACACGUAGUUCAUGGCAAAGCAACAUCAAAUAGAGUGCAAUCUCCUGUGUAGUUUGCAUGGAACGGAAUUGUAACUGAAUUCAUUCACAGAAUCCCAUAUCUCAACACCUUUGUAGUAGUCCAUGUGACGUUGUUUCCUUUUAUGUUUCUUGUUUUUUUUUAUGUUCAUGAAACUCAAUGUUAUUGUAACACUUUUGGACCUAGUAGUGUAAGGUCUGCUUAUUUUUGUCUACGAGAUCUUGGCUUUUUCGGCUUUGGGCUGUCACCAGAUGCCUACGAACGCACAGUGGUGUUACGGGUCAUUGCGCUGCGCUGA